CACACAUUUCAUAACUUCAUCAGCUGGACACUGAUUUUCCGGCAAUUCUUGGAUUAAAUUGGAUUUAUAAAACAAAAUGAACGUGAGCCGAUUGCUGGAACCGAUCCGCAGCACCACCUGGCUGGUGCGCAACUAUGGCAAGCACAACAAGAAGUACCUCUACAAGGAUGGCCAGAAAUUCGAGGGUAUUACCUACUACCCCAGGACACCUGAUCACCAGGAUCCUCCCGUAGAGCCCUCUAAGCUAUUCCGCGUACAGCGCAUCAAGCCCGUAAAGGGGAAUCCGUACUGGGAGAAGCGCAUUCUCAAGGAUCUGGGCCUCGAUGGUAAACAGAGCGACUUCACCGUGGUUAAGAAUAUACCGGAAAAUAAUGCCCGCCUGUGGAAGAUCAAGCACCUGGUGAAAGUCACCCCCAUUACAUUUCCAUAUGGAGAGCCCACAGCGCAGGAUGUCCGGCACACCGUGCUGAAGGAGAACGGCGAAUGUCUGGUUACCAAGGAUCUGGGACCGCUGGAGGUCCGUUUGGCGGCCCGCGACCAGUUUGACGAGCAACCCAAGCGGCUGGACACCGAUCUGCUGCGAAAAGAUGCGCGUAUGAAGUGGGUUAAUCCCUGGUAACAAAUUUCAGACCCUUAUGUUAUCCUUUUUGUUUCUCUUUUGUGAUUAAAUACAAAAAUCGUACUUUAUUA